UAGAUCAACAGUGGCUUAUUGUUCUCAGCCGACAGCAGAGCGUCGGCUUCCUGGACACGCUGGUGACGCUCACACACUAUGGAGACAGCUACUGUAAAUACAGGGAGCCCUGGGACACAGUCAGGCUUAAUGUGCUGCCUGAGACAGGAGCCAAUAAAUCACACUCCACUCUGAAGUAUUACACUUAUUAGAGUUAUGAGGUAGAUAUUAUUUCAUAUUAUUUAUGACUUAGGGGCAGGCGUGAAAAAUGCUAAAAUGUUCAAUACAGGACGAUCAAUAUUAAACAAUGCUGCUGGUUUCGUUCUGUGUCAGAUGUCUCUCGGUGAAGGUCCCUCUAGAAAACAAGCUGUAACUAAAGCAUUUUAACAAACACACACCUCGACCUCUACGCCUGCUUUGCAUCUGUGUGUGUUUCUGCACUGAUAUGGAUCAAGUGUAAAUUCUGAGGCGCAGAUUUAAAUAUGAAAAUGAUUCCCGAGGAUGCUGGAAUACUACAGGGCUCGUGUUUCUCCCGUUCGCACGUCCCUGCAUCAGGAAUGACGACGCGGCUGACGCUUCCCUGUUCUCAAACCCCAGACAUGCUGCUCGGGUUCCAGAACCAGUCAGCCGGGUUCUGCAGCCGCUCGGGGGACGGCCGGUGCCACUGCUACGCGCUGCAGGUCCUCUUCGCGCUCGCCCUCUCCGUGGGCAUCGUGGGAAACGCAGCCGCUCUCCUCAGCUACGCCUGCUCCAGGAGGAGCUCCAGCGGCGGCCGCGUUUUCCUGCUGAACCUGGCGCUGUGCGACUCAGCCUGGACCCUCACCCUCCCCGUCACGCUCUACUUCACCUCCCAGAGCCCCCGCCUGCGGGACCGGCAGAUCCUCUGCCAGUUCAGGAGGAUGUCCUUCAACGUCAACGUAUACGGCGGCAUCCUCUUCCUGGCGCUGAUCAGCUUCGACCGCUUCGUGGGCACCGUUCACCCCGUCAGCUCCAUCCGAUGGUGGGACGCGGGGAAGGCCAGGCUGUGCGCCGCCGGCACGUGGGCCGCGCUCGCCGUGAACUCCGUUCCUGAUGCGGUGGCGACUGCACUGUGGCCGGAAAGCGCCGGCGGGUGCAUGCACUACAUGCAGGGGCCGUUGCUCUACGUCGGGACGAUGGCCGCUAUCAGAACCGCGGUGGGGUUCCUGCUGCCCUUCAGCGCCAUGCUGGCCUUUUACACCAUGGCGGCCGGCGUGUUGAGGCGCCUCCCGCGGGGCGCGCGGCCCGGAGGAGCCCAGCGAGCCGGGGCGAAGCCGCUGCGCCUCGUCACCGCCGCCAUCCUCGUCUUCGCGGUGUCCUUCCUGCCUUAUCACGCCAUGGUCGUCACUGUGGUUUCCAUGAGGAUCCGAAACCAAAUCACACCUUCUAACACCCACGUCCUGUACACCUGCUAUGAGUUCCUGGAGGCGAUGUGCAGCGUAAGCAGCUGCCUGAACCCAGUGCUGUACAUCAUGGCCAGUGAGCAGUUCCAGAGGAGGCUGCGGGCCUUAAAGAGAGACAGGUCCAGAAGGCUGUGCUGCAGAGCGAGCAGGCGGGUCGGGGUAGUUACCUGAAUGAGCAGGACCUCGUCUCAGUUCAGUCUGAGAAAAGAGUGAAGGCAGAAGUUUGCACUGAAGACACAAAGGUCCAAAAGUAAAGGUGAUUAAAAAUGAUCAAUAGAAGAACUAAAGCCUGUCUGGCCUCACACUGAGUGAACACACACAUAUUCAGCCCACAGACGCACUGUAGGAGCUCUAC